AUGCUGCAAGUCCGGAUGCUCUCGGGAGAAGUAGUGGCAAGACAUACUGCGCAAGAGCUGGAGGAGCUCGGUGACGUGAGGAGCCUGAAACGACAUUUGAGCCAGUUUCACGGUGUGGGAACGCGGUUUAGACAAAGGCUCUUUCUCCACAGUGAGAUGUUGGAGGACAGGGUCAAGCUGGAAUCAUCCAUGGACCUGAAUCUGGUCCUAUUGCCGCUCGCUGAGGUUUCCCAAUCGCAAGCCGACGAUCUAGUAGCCGCUGCUGAGUGGGGUUCCGUGGCCGAGGUUGAGUCCAUGCUGCAGUUGCCUCAAGAUCCAGACUUGCUUGACUCGCACGGUCGAGCAGCUUUGAUAUAUGCAUCCUACGAAGGCCAUCUCGAGACUGUCCACUUACUUCUGGAGGCCGCCGCCAACAAAGAUGUGGCAGACGACGACGGGUACACAGCUCUGAACAGUGCGUCCGGUGAGGGUCAUGUCGAGAUCGUGAGCUUGCUGCUGGAGGCCGGUGCCAAGAAGGAUGUGGCAGAUGCUAAUGGGUGCACAGCGUUGAACAGUGCAUCCCAUGCUGGUCAUGUCGAGAUCGUUCGCUUGCUGCUGGAGGCCGGUGCCAGGAAGGAUGUGGCGGAUAUCCUCACAAAGUUGGACAAUACACAUCGUCCGCCUGAUUUCCGGUGCCAGGAACAGAUGUGUCGGAUGGCUUUGGGCACAGCCUUGAACAAUGCAUUCCGUGAGGGUCAUGCCGAGAUCGUCCGCUUGCUGCUGGAGGCUGGCGCCGACAAGGAAAUGGUUGGCCCAGGCACACAGCUUUGA